AGUAGCUCUCCCCGCCCCAUCACCCACAUGGCAGAUUUGUGAAUGGAGAAGUCUGAGCCAGUAAAACUAGAAACUGCUUGCGAAUAUAAGGCGCUUCAGGCUUGCCUGGAGAAGAAUAACUGGAAGAAGGAAAAGUGUGAGAAAGAGUGGCUUGAAUUUCAAAACCUUUGCUCGACCAACAAGAAGUUAGCUAAAGAGGGAAACCUUCAGCUACCAAAGCAAUGAGUAGUAUUUAUUGUUAUCUAAGGCACUCAAAUAGAUGCAGUGUUUUUAAAUUUUGUCGUUCGCUCCAUCGCUCUCCAGUAUUAUACGAAACCCCUCCCAUUACUCCACCCCCAACUCGUAAUCCUUUUAAAAGAAUCGCUCGCUAUUUUAGAAACGAUCCUUUUGCUCGUGUGUCAGUUAUUUUUGGUGGUACAGUCCUCACAGUUCUGCUCAUUAUCGAAGCAUUUAUACCUAAAGAAGCUAAGAAGGUUAAACCUCAGGUGGCCAUCCUACCACCAUCUGUUUCUCAUCCAACCAUAGCUCGCGAGAACGAGCUAUCAUCUCUCCUAGCUUCCGUUCCCACUCUUGUAAGCACCAAACCCUCUGUUGUUAUAGUAACUGGUCUGGUAGGAAGUGGAAAAACUGAACUGACGAAUCAGUUUGUGUCAAAAUUUGUUGAAGUUAGUUUACCUCGUUUUUCAAAGAAAGAGUCGUCCAAGCCGAUUGUUAUUCAUUUAGAUGCAUCUGGGACCCGUUCACUUGGGGACUCCGCCCGAUAUGCUGUUGGGUCUUUAGGUGUGACGUCUUCGGAAUCAGGAGACUCUCUAUCGUCUCAUUUGUCCUCUCUUCUUCGAAAGUUGGGAGAGCAGAAAGCAAGGUGGCUGCUCAUUAUUGAUGGGGUUAAUAGCGAGACAGCCCCUUUGAUUAGAGAGUUAAUUAGUAGCAGCACCAGUAAUGGGAGGACACAUCGUAAAGGGUAUUUGCUAGUUACUGCUAGGAGUGGUGAAGUGUCCGGAUUAUUUUCUGGACAUCAGAAAACUAUCUCACUUGAAAAAGGACUCACAGAAACUCAAACUGAAGAAUUGUUCUAUAAACUAUCGGCCAGUGAGCAGAAGUAUCCAAAAGAACAAGUACAAGACCUCACCUCCAACCUUCUCCGCUCUAAUCCUUAUUUAAUAUCACUCGCUGCCCUCACUCUUCGCAUGUAUGAAUAUUUCUGCAGUCAUCACGAGGGGGAAAUACGCGAUAAUUUGCUGAGUCAGUAUAUUGAUAUGAUUAAGUCAUGUGACAAUCAUGUGACUGGUCAUGAUGAUCACAUGACUGGGAAUGUCACCCGGUUAUAUAUUGGAGCUUUGUCCUCGUGCGAUAAUUAUUUCUUACAUUCGAUUGAUUUCCUUUCUCUCUGUGAUCUGGAUCGGCCUGUUCCUAUAUCUCUAAUUAAAGAGCACCUUAAUAAUCCCUUUUAUCGAUUACCUUUGACUCCCGGUUCUGCUUCGAUCCUUGAAGACACACCCACUGCCCCUCCCAUCUCUCCACCCUCUCAAUCUUACUUAUCGGCAGUUAAAGAUAAGCUGACACAGAUGACUGGUUGGCCUCCGCCCUCUCCCCCUCCCUUGCCUCCUUCCCAAGCUCUUCCAGACCCUCUCACUUCUCUACGUCUCUCCCCUUUUGUUCACGCCCACACUCAUUAUGGAGUUGAACUCUUAUCAUUUUCUCCUGGUCUGAAGGAUCACGUUGAUAAUCAUUUCUUGGCGUACACGGCACCAAAAAUUGAGAAAGAACAUUUGCUGACUGAAGAGCAGCGCUGGAAUGAGUCUGCUUGGUUUAAGAGGUUUCGAUCGUUUGACUCUCAGUCUUCGCUGUCGAGUUUUCAUCGUUCCCUCCCCGGCUUGGAGUCAAGCAGUGUGCAGGCUGAAAAGGAAUGGGGCAAUAAGCCGCCUCCCUCUCCUCACGUGAAAUCUUACUCUGACUACAUUCACAAUAUCUCUCAUAACCACCGCUUCCUGAGUGCUUUACGUAGCGAGUUAAAGUACCUAAGUCGGGAUCCUUCUGAUAUUGCUCUAAGACGAUACCUCAGACCACACCUAGUUUUAUUAUCGUCUAACGAAGGAGUGCUGAGUAAGCGAGAUUGUUUAUGGACUGAGGCUAGUCUACUAUCCAUUGAUUCAGCUUUAUCAUCAGAUAAGACUCUUUACAUUAAUAAGUAUAAUGACUUGGUUCAAAAGAUGAAGGAGGUUUUUGGAAGCAAGGAUUAUGCAAUAGCCUCUGCCUUGACUUCUCUAGCAGAGUUGCAUUAUUAUAAUGGCCAUUACAAGAAAGCUGAGGAGUUGCUUCUAACUGCAGUGGGAAUGUAUGAAUCAUCUUCCCUGAACAGAUCACCACUCUCAUCUCUCUCUUCAUCCUCUUUUCCUACUUCUUCUUUCACUCCCUCCUCUCUCUCUUUCUCUGAUAGUAUGGACUAUGCUUUCUCUCUAGCUACACUUGGACUAGUCCUUGCUAGUCUUGAAGAGCGAGAAAAAUGUCGUGAUACUCUUGAAAAAGCCCUUGGGCUCUUCCAGACUCUACCAUCGAACGGUGAAGUACCAAAAAAGCAGCGUAGACUUGUAGCCACUACAGUCACUGAUCUUGGCCAUGCUUACAUUUCUACAGGUGAUCUGAUCUCUGCUAAGCGAUAUCUCGACUUAGCCUCAGUGGCUCAGCGUGGAAUACAUGGUGAUGAUCACCCCGAAGUGGUACGGACUCUUAAUGUUUUAAGUAUAGUACACGUGUUGCUUGGUGAUGAUGAGAAAAGCAGAGAAUUGAGACGAGAGGCUGGUAAAAUACAGCAGAGACUGCAACAGAUAUCAGAUAUUGCAUAAACUAUAAAUUAUUAAUUUAAUUUAUAAAUAAUAAUUACAAAUUUAAAAAUAGCUUUAUUAAGAAUAUUCAUAUAAAUAAUGUUCUCUACUUCCUUUUUUGUUGUAAUAUUUGUUGUUUUAGCGUAAAAUAUAAAUAAAUAGUUUCUUUGUUUUUUGCCAUGUAAA